CCCAUAAAGUUCUGGGUAUACGCCCAGUGAUUUGAUGGGAAAAAAAGCAACUUGGGAAGAUUGGAAUUCACAGAAGAGGCAUUUUAUAGCCAUUGUACUGGCUUAACAAAGAAGAGGCAAGAAUCAGCAGAAGAAAAGUUUUGUUGCAGAACUAGUUACAGAUAUGGAGGGUGCCAUUAAAACCGUUGUUAUGCAGUACCUGUCUUCAGCACGUGGAAAAGAGAGCCUGGGUGGGAAAAACUUCCAGAAGUUAGUCCAGGGUCAGCUGGGAAACAUCCUGAGUGACACUGACAGUGCUUCAGCAGUGAAGGAUAUGAUGAAAGGACUGGAUGACAACCAGGAUGGGAAAGUCAGUUUCCAGGAGUACCUGACGCUGGUGGGCUACCUGGCGAACUCACUGAGUGAGCAGAAAACCACAGCCAGUGGACAUGAAGAAGCCCCAAAACACUGAUGACAGUUGAUUACACUGACACUAAUUUGUAUUGCUGGAGUAUUACACCAGUAAUCAUGGUAAAUAAGGGAGAAUGGGGCUGGUUGUCACACUUUUUACUUAAUAAAGUGUAAAUGUCUGUAUAUGCACACCAACAAAAUAUCAAACUGUUGUUUUGGCCAACAGACAUUGUAUUAAUAAAUUGUGUGAAAUUGCAAUAUAUGAAAUACAUAACAAAUGUUUAACUGUACUUUUGACUCAGAACAGCCCUUAGCCCCUGUGACAACUAGCCCCGGACUCUCUCUAAUGCAAUAUAAAAUCUGCAAUUAAACUAAAAUGAUAUGAAACACUUUUACAUUUUUAAAAUAUUACAUUCAAAUUCUGUUUACAUGUAUUCACAUUUUAUGAAAUUAUAACCUGUGGCCAAGUACAAGUGUUAAAUUUCCAAAAAAAACAUUUGUCAUUUUUAAAUUGCGUUUGUCCGAAUUCCAUGUAACAGGUUUUUUAUUUCAAGACUCAUGUGGUUUCAUAAAGGAUUUAAAGGUAGGGUAGGUACUGUACUAUAUCUUCUGUGGAAGUCUCAGGACCAAAUAAAUAUUCGUCCAGUCAUUGCAUUUGGUCCAAUUGAUCAGUUCAAGUCCUUGAAUUCCGAAUUAUGCCUUUCUAUGGCAAACUAUCAAUGCUGAAAUGAAUCUGCAGCAGUCAGGUGUUACAAGUCAGAGCUCUUUAAGUUGUUUACGUUCAUUAUUAUUAUAAUGUUAUAGUGUGUGCUUUGAGACAUGAGGUAAUUUAACCCAUUGCAGACUCUGCUCUGGCUGUGUGCGUUUAUGUGUUUUGGAGGAAGGGUGGCUUUGGAGAGUGCUCUGAAGAGAGGGUGGGAUCUUAUGCUUUCAAAGCUAGCUUGCUAUUGCGAGAUUCUCAGAAAUUGCCUACCCUACCUUUAAUUGUUUUUACGCAAUGAAAUAAGUGCUUUUUAUGCUUGAUUAGUGCUUGCUUAGAUAAUAAACAAAGCAAGGCAUAAAAAUGUAAGCCAUACUACAAAUGGAUUUAUAGAUUUACUCUUCAGAUUUGUCCAUUUGAGGUAAAAUAGAACAUGUUACACUACUGGAGAACUUUUUGUAUAACUUUCAAUAAAAAUAUGGAAAUAAAUCGUCA